CCACUACAUGUAAAUAUUAAGUGGUUUGUUAGGGAAAAAAAGAACAAAUUAGUCCUCCAUUGGCCAGCCAUUACUUCGGGGCGCCCCCGGUCUAGGCUCAAAACCCCUCCCUCGGUAGAACCGCCCUGAAGACGGGGGCCCCUUUUGAAUGACAAGCGCUUGGUGGAAGAAGACAACAUUUUUUGUCUUGAUUUUCAGCCGCGGUGUCGAUGAGAAGCAGUCGAGGAACUCCAUUCUAACUGAAUGGAUUGGCAUGGGGAGAAGCGGACCUCAGAUCACGGCUAAGCGGCAGCUUUGGGACUGUGUGACGCUGACGAUGGUCGUGAUUUCGCUGCUCUAUCCAUCAGUUCACUGCCAACAGUGUCGCAUCCAGCGCUGCAAUACUGAGUAUGUGGCGUCUACCUCACCUUCUAGCGGCCUGCAGGAGGACUCUGCAACUGAUGUGGACUACUGCAUUGCGCUUAGAGCCUAUGCUCUGUGUACCCGUCGGCAAGCCAGAAGCUGUCGGGGCGACCUGGUCUACCAUUCGGCCGUGUUCCGCAUAAAGGAGUUAUUCUCUCAGCACAACUGCUCGAGUGAUGGACCCACGUCCUCUGCAAAGAUGCCCAGUACGCUGCGGCCAGCCGUGCCACAGCUGUGCAGCUACGAGAACAGAGUACUGACUGCUGGCUCAGGCGGCCAGCAGAAGAAAUACGCCCAUUGUGGAUUAUUUGGAGACCCACACCUACGGACCUUCCGUGAUGAGUUUCAGACGUGUAAGGUGGAAGGGGCUUGGCCACUGAUUGACAACCGCUUCCUGUCAGUGCAGGUGACCAACGUUCCGGUGGUCCUUGGCUCCAGUGCCACUGCAACCAGCAAAAUCACAGUCAUCUUCAAGUCAUACCAUGGCUGCACGGACCAGAAAGUCUACCAGGCCACCACAGAUGACCUGCCUCUGGCCUUUCAGGAUGGCACUCGCAGCGGCGGCGAGAGCAGUAGUCUGACCAUCUCCGAGCGCGGCGGCUCCGGAGUGGGCCGCCAGGUAAAGAUCCAGGCACGCUACAUCGGCACAUCCAUCAUUGUGCGUCGUGUGGGCAGCUACCUGACAUUCGCCAUCCGCAUGCCCGAAGACACAUUGAACUUGUCUGAAGAUGGUGGCAGCGGCCUGCAGCUGUGCCUGCACGGCUGCCCACGCAACGAGCUCAUCAAGGAGCACACGCUGGGCCGCCAGAGCCAGCAGCAACAACACCAAACGGGUCCACUGCGACCGCCUCACCAGGUCUACACAGUGGAGCGAGCGACGGCUAAAUGUCGAGAGACUCUGCAGGUGGAGGACGUUUACUUCCAAUCUUGUGUGUUUGACUUACUCACCACAGGAGACCCCGAGUUCUCCAUGGCGGCCUAUGGCGCCCUAGAGGACCUAAAGGCACUCCCGCCCAGUAAACUGAAGCAGAACUCCCCGAGGACACCCCGUCUUUACAACAGAGGGACAUCGCAGACAGUAGUAAUUGACAGCUCGUCUUCUGUUCUCACAGUCAUACUCAUUCUUGUGCUGCUUUUGUAAAAAAAAAAAAAAGACCAUAGAUAUACUUUCAAAUUUCAAAAAGACAGGUGGAAGCACCAUUAGCUUGAGGAAAGCAUGACGAGAAGAUUUGACAAUGUUGAUUCUGUUUUCAUUUGAAGGAUUUCACACAAGAAGAAAUAUUAAUGUUUUUUUGUUGUAAAUAUCAAAAUGUCACUCUGCCAUGCAUCUCUUAAGUGUCCCAGUGAUAAACAGCACUUAACAGUACCGCCAGCAGUACGUUUUGUGUAUUUAAAAUUAACUUCCCUAUCACUGUUGAUGCUAAAUACACAAGCUCCAACAACUGUUUAUAAAAAAAACUACCUAACCAUCGUACAAUGACUCGUCUGUGAAACACUCCCUCUUCAAGCUGUUUAAGCUUCCAAUGAAAAAAAGACAAAAAACAAACACAAAUCUUUAUAUAAUAAUAUAUUAAGAGUGUAUAUAUGUGUUUUAUAUUUAUGUACAUUUGCUGAUGUAUAGAUGUUUUAACUGUAAUAUUAAUGUUCAGUAGGCUGUUUUAGGAAAUAAAACUAAUGUUGUUCCCUAUGUACAUUUCUGUAUUAAAGUGUUGAAAAAUCCUCAAAAUUGUAUUCAUUUUUAGAAUGCUUAUUGCUAUUGACCACUUCCACAAACGUGAACAGUUCCUGCCUUAAGAAAAUACUGAUAUACAGUACAUAUCAGAGGUUUGGACACACAACACAAAUGAUGGUCCCAGUCCCA